GUUUGUAAUUUUGACUUGUGGACAAUAAAAUAAACAAAUAAAUAGGAAAAAAGAAAAAGGGGGGAGAGAGAGAGAGGGAGGGAAAGAAAUGGAAGAAGAGGGAGUAGGGUUAGUAUUAGCAAGAGCUACGGAGCUGAGAUUGAAAAUCAGCAGUUGCAUCCAAAAGGCCACCGCCAGCAAGCCUGUUUCUCCAAAACAACAAAGCCCACAAAAAGAAGAAGAGGAACAAACGGAUAAAAAAGGUAACUUUAAUGGAGACGAAAUCCCUAAUUCUCAUCAAAGACUCAAUGAAGCAGUGGAAGAAGAAGGAGAAGAAGAGGAGGAAAAAGAAGAAGAAGAAGAAGAUGGAGAAACUGAGAGGCUCUUGAACAUUCGAGAUGCCCUUGAAUCCCUUGAAGCCCAGCUCGUUGCUCUACAGAAUCUGCAACAUCAGCAACGGUAUGAAAAGGAAGUUGCCCUUGCUGAGAUUGAUUGUAGCCGGACAAUGCUCUUGGAGAAGCUCAAAGAAUAUCAAGGGAAGGACUUGGAAGUGAUUCUCGAGGCUUCUGCUUUUGUUAGUGAAACAGUGGAGAACAACAAUGAUCUCCUCCUUCCUCCAUAUCCAAGUCGCCCCCCACAAUCAUUGGUUUUGGAUAAUGGUUAUUUGUCACACUUACAGUCAACAUACAAGUCUUUGACAAAUGGGGUUUCCAUUGGUGACCCAACAAAUGAAGCAAAGAAGAACCUUAACAGAAAUGAGGAGAACAGAAAGCAAGACGAUUCUAAAAACUCAAGGAAAGGGUUGGGCUGCUUCAUAAGUUCAGCAGUGAAGACAGUGCUUCCCCUGGUUGGUGUAAUAUACAUAUUAAGCUUGUCCAAUUUUGUGCCAAACCUUGGGAAAGGUACUCCUCUCAAGUUCUUGGGCAUGCUUCAGCAACGUGCAACUGAAGAGAAGAAUUCCACUGUUCAAUGUCCACCUGGGAAAGUCCUGGUGAUGGAGGAUGGGGAAGCUAGAUGCAUGGUGAAAGAGAGGAUUGAAGUACCAUUUGAAUCAAUUGUUGCAAAGCCAGAUGUAAACUAUGGGUGCGGUCUACAUGCCUAUACUGUCUUAACUCUUACUGCUCCAUACUGUCCAAACUCCAAGCAUCUUCUUCAAUUCCUAGAGAUGAAUCCCAUGACAAUCACCACUUCAGCUUCGAAAGCUACUACCAUUCGUUUCUCUGAUGCUGGCAUCAGCAUGCGCGAUGGAAGGUGUAUUCCCAACAUCUGUUUGACUGCAAACUAUGGGUCAAAACUCAUGCAUCAUCACUACCUGGAGUUGUCAUGGGUCAAGAGAAAUGGAUCAUGGCCGGAUCUUGUUUGUAAAACUCCAAAAUCAAUCAGAAGUGUGAAAAGAGAUGGAGGAUUCAAAGUGAGGGCAUUUACUGAAGAACAAGAAGCUUUGGUUGUCAAAUCAUGGAAUUCGAUGAAGAAAAAUGCUGGUGAACUUGGUCUUAAAUUCUUCUUGAGGAUUUUUGAGAUUGCCCCUUCUGCUAAGAAGCUGUUCAAAUUUUUGAGGGAUUCAGAUAUCCCUCUGGAGCAAAACCCAAAACUAAAACCCCAUGCCAUGACUGUCUUUGUUAUGACCUGUGAAUCAGCUGUCCAACUUCGAAAGGCAGGCAAAGUUACAGUGAGAGAAUCCAAUCUGAAAGAUUUAGGUGCCACCCAUUUCAAGUAUGGUGUUGUUGAUGAACAUUUUGAGGUCACAAAAUUUGCAUUGUUGGAGACAAUUAAGGAAGCAGUACCAGAAAUGUGGUCAACAGAAAUGAAGAAUGCUUGGGGAGAAGCCUAUGAUCAGCUGGCUGCUGCUAUUAAAAAUGAAAUGAAUCCUCCUCCUUAAGUUCCUUGUAUAGAAGAGAUUCCUUGAGAGAUGUUUAGUUUGGAAAUGUCUUGUACUCUGGUCCUUUGAAUUCAAAUAAAAUUUUGUAUGUUAUUGUU